AAUAUAGAUAGAGAUGCAUAAUUAGUCAUUAGUGUAGCCUAGUCUAGACUAGACUCUCGUUCUAGUAACUCUAGUCCUAGUAUAAAGCUCUUGAUAAGAUCUAAUCAAUUCUAAUCUAUCUAGAUCUAGAUUCUGUUUAUUUAAUCUAUCUAGAGCCUAGUAUGGUGUGGAUUAACCUACAACUGUUUUUUCACAGUGCUGAGGCUGAGUGUGUUACCAUUGUGACUGUCACAAAGAAUAAAGACUUUAUGAAAAAUGCCCCCAUCUCCAAGGAAACAACACACUGCUUAUGUCUCUCGCAGUACACAAGCAUCUCGUUUGCGCUUUCUGGACAACACUUGUGAUAGCUUGAUGCAGUCCCAAGAGUUUCCAAUUUUAGCGGAGGCUCUGCUUUCAUUAUGCAAAAGUGAUGACACUCCUGGUCCAUCCACAAGCUCCAGUGAGAAAGUUGUGUCCAGUUACAUACCAUGUUCUACAGAGAAUCAUUGCUGUGCAUUGCUUCAUGGCUUGCAGGAAUUACGCAAGUCAAAUACAUUGUGUGACUAUACUUUAAUAGCAGAUGAUCAGAGCAUUCCAGUUCACAGAGUGGUCAUGGCAGCAUGCAGCGAUUACUUUCGGGUGAUGCUGACUGGGUUCAUGAAGGAAAGCCGUGAACAGGUGGUGGUGUUAAAAGGUGUUACUGCUGGAGGUCUGAAAGUGGUGGUAGACUUUGCCUACACUGGAAGGCUUGAGCUAACAACAGACAAUGUGGAGGAAGUGCUUUCUGCUGCCUCUCAUUUACAGGUGAGUGUUGCUGUGGAGCUGUGCAGUAAAUAUUUGGAAAUGGCUUUGACGAUAUACAACUGUACUGAUAUCCUAAACCUAGCCCAGAUGUACUCUCUCAGUUCAACUCAGACUAAAGCAUUACAGUAUAUGAUGGACAAUUUUGAGGUAGUGAGCUCCUCUGAACAGUUUACCAAGUUGACUCACAAACAGUUAGCCACAAUGUUGAAAGAUAACAGCUUGAAGGUGCCCUCAGAGUAUCAGCUGUUCACCAAAGUUCUGCUGUGGAUAGAUCACAACAAAGCAGAAAGGCUGAAGCAUCUGCCAAAGCUUAUGAAGAACAUCCGGCUGCCACUACUGGCUGGGGAAGAGCUGGUAGAGAAAGUCAGCAAGGUUGAAAUGAUGCGCACAAACAUUGAAUGCAGUGAUCUACUUACAGAAGCCAAGGACUAUCACAUAGUGACUGGCAAACAGCCUAUGCUUCAGACACCCCGCACCCAGGUUCGGUCCAACCAUCUGAGCAUUGUUAUGUCACACUCCCAGAACCUGGAGUGCUACACUUUUCACAACAAGCACCAUGGGUUCUUACGGGACUCUCCCAUUCCGCUGUUUAACCCCAGUGUUGCAGUAUUAGACAAUUUCAUGUAUGCCUGUGGUGGAAAAUAUGACAGCACAGAAAACAAUGAAAUUGCAACUGCACGUUGCUUUAGAUAUGACCCCAGAUUUGAUUCCUGGUAUGAACUUACAUCCAUGAAUGAAGCUAGGAAAGAUUUUGUUGUGGUUGCUUACAAUGGAAAGUUGUAUGCUGUUGGUGGCCAGGAUGAAAACAUGGUGAUGUGUACAGUAGAGUGUUACACUGUAGCCACAGAAGAAUGGGACAUGUGUGCAUCUAUAAGCCAUUCUUGUUAUGGCCAUGCUGGGGCACUGUGCGCAGAUAAAAUCUACAUAUCAGGUGGUCAGAGGUUCUCAGGGUGUGCCAGCAACAUGAGUUGUUUUUCUCCUGCCACUAAUGUGUGGGAAGAGAAAGCUGCUAUGCUGAAUGGUCGAUGCAACCAUGUCAUGAUGGAGGUACAAAAAAAGCUGUAUGUUAUUGGAGGCAACAUAGAAGAUAGCUAUGGAUUUCCUGUUCCUAUUAUUGCCAUGGAGUACUACGACCCAGAUACUGAUCAGUGGUCUAACUGUAAGACGACAUGCAACAUCAGGGAAGCUGGGGCAUCUACCCUGAACAACAAAAUUUACAUUGUAGGUGGAAUCAAUGGUGAGCACUACUACUCAGACCUGCUUCAGGAUUAUGAUCCUGCUAAAGACACCAUGACGAUUGUUGACAGGUUUCCAACAAGGGUCUAUGGAAGGGCAUGCUGCAUUCUCACACUGCCCCACUUUCUUUCCGCCACUGGGCCAAUCUGACUAUGGAUGUUCAAGUCUCUUUAGUAUUUGUUUAAAUUAUUCAUGAAUUUUAAUUUUUUUUUCAAAUAUAAAAUCAAAGCUAAACUAUGUGUUACUAUAGUUGUGUACUACCCAUAAAUGUUUGUAUUUACAAGCAACUGAGUUGCUAACAGCUGGACUUUUCAAAGAGAACUUGUAUGAGUGACUUUAAUCAGAUGUACUACAAUAUAAUGUUGUUUUUUUUUAUAUUGGUUUCAAAGCUUUUAAUAUUAUUUUAAAAGUACCAUUUCCUCAGCAUUUUGAAUGUGUGUGUGUUAGAAAUGGUCUUAUCUAAAAAAAAUAUUCUGGUUGUAGUCUGCCUGUUGGGUUAUGCCAGUAAAUUAACUUAGGUCAACUUUUUUUUUUUUUUACCUUUUUCAAGCUGACUUGUACAGAAUUCACUGUUUUAUUUCUUUCCCUGAAUGGAUCCUCUUUUUGUGUGUGACUGUGAAUGUUACCAUUUUCUUUGUGUCAGUCAUCAUCAAUUUUUCUGCAUGUCUUACAUGCAUACAUGGCUACUAGUUUCUCUUGCGAUAGCUUCAUUGACAUGAAUGGAAACUAGUUUCUCUUGAGAUAGCUUUGCUUGAUGUGAAUGGCAACUGGUUUCUCUUGAGAUAGCUUCAUUGACAUGAAUGGCAACUAGUUUCUCUUGAGAUAACUUUGCUUGAUGUGAAUGGCAACUGGUUUCUCUUGAGAUAACUUUGCUUGAUGUGAAUGGAAACUGGUUUCUCUUGAGAUAGCUUUGCUUGAUGUGAAUGGCAACUGGUUUCUCUUGAGAUAGCUUUGCUUGAUGUGAAUGGAAACUGGUUUCUCUUGAGAUAGCUUUGCUUGAUGUGAAUGGAAACUGGUUUCUCUUGAGAUAACUUUGCUUGAUGUGAAUGGAAACUGGUUUCUCUUGAAAUAACUUUGCUUGAUGUGAAUGGCGACUGGUUUCUCUUGAGAUAGCUUUGCUAGAUAUGAAUGGAAACUGGCUUCUCUUAGGAUAGCUUUGCUGGAUGUGAAUGGAAACUAGUUUCUCUUGAUGUGACAAGUGCUAUAUAAUGCCAGCUCUCUUUCAACUUUUUUUUUUUUUAAAUACUGCAUUAAGGUCAUUUAUGGAAUUAUUAUUGAUUCUAUAUAUUUAAAAUAUUCUACUUUUUUCAAGUGAAAGACUCAAAAAAAACAAAGAUUUACUGCUGCAGGGGUAAACGACUGUAUAGAAAAUACGAAAAACAUGCAUAUAUGUAACCCUGCCGGACCAAGUAAAACAAAGGACAUUUGGGCCACGAGGCCUUCAUAAGUUAACUUAAGACUAUUUUGUGUUAAUUGUUUUGUAUUUUUUGUUUGUUUUGUAGCUGAUGAAGGCCUCGUGGCCCAAACGUCCUUUGUUUUACUUGGUCCGGCAGGGUUACAUAUAUGCAUGUUUUUCGUUUUUUCAAGUGACUAUUAGUUUUCUCUUAAUGUUAUUUCAAACUUUGUCUUAUUAUCAUUCCCAUCUCUUGUCUCCUAAUCAAGAAGUGUUUUCUACUUUUGUAAAAAGCUAUCAGAAUAUCAUUACUCUCCUACCCUACCAAAGCAAUGCAUCAACAUAUGUGACAUACUGUUGUGUGGUUAUCUGUAUAAAAUUACUGUUUGCUUUUAUUCUUGCUUUGUAUCCUGAGUAUCCCCAGAUGUAAACUCCUUAAUUUAUUUUUUUUUUAAUUAAUUCUGCCACCUACAACUGCAUCCUUCUAUCAUUAUGUUAUUAUCACUUUACCAAUCCCAAUUAUGUUCAUUUCAAAUGUAUGUUAAUAAGUUUCUAUCACUAGUGGAGCUUUGGGAAUUGGUCAAUUGUUUAUGCUGACCAGGCUUUACUUUUUGCAAUUAAUGCAUUGCACUGGACAGAGAUACAAAGUUUAUGUUCUUAAGAACAUCCGUCUCUUACAGGGCCAUCUAUUUUCAUUUGGUUAGUAUUAAGACAGUGGACAAUGAUCUGCUUUGUUUUAUUUCCUAACAAAAUCAGUGGCUUUUUGUGUUUUAGAUUUUCAGUUUAUGAGUACAAAGAAUCUCUGCACCUACAUGUGAUAUAAUUGUUGCUUGUAUAUUGUUUCAACAUUCUAGUGUACGUAAUUUAAAACUUUGAAAUUGUUUGGAAAACUCCAUGAAAAAAAACAAUUUGUAUGAAAAAAGAGUCACAUACUGCUAUGAUAGUUUAAUGAAUGAACAUGUCACAUGUAAUUGCCACCCAUAUCCUUACCUUUAUUUGAUCAUAUCUUUUAUAUUCAGAUUUUAUCCUUUUGUCAGUAACCUGCUGAAAGAGCUGUUUUAAAAAUGAAAUAAGUAUACAUAUGAUGACUAACAAACACAUAUUGAGUUAUUUCAGUUUUAACAACAAAAUUUAAUUUCUACAGUAGGUAAAGAAGUAGACCUUAUUCAUUUUGAUGGCUAAUAGCUACCAGUAAAUGAAAUAAUUGUUUGACAAAAUGUACUUUAACCAGUCUGUUGUGAAGCUGUGUUAAUGUCCACUAGUACCUAUUAGAUAUCCCACUUCAUCCCAAGAGCCAUUUAAGCAUGGAACAUGUCAGAAUCAGCCAGGAAAAUCAAUGACUUCAUACAGUCAAAAUCUCAGUAACAGGAUUGACUGCUGCAACACAUUGAUAUGGUUAAAACAUUAUCCUCCUUUUUUUUGGUUUUGAAAGAAUGUCAUUGAAAAGCUAAGAAGAUCUGUAAGAAGAUUGACUGAAGAUUCCAUUUGGUUUGUAUAAAGUUUCUCUGUUUAUUCUGCUAGACUUGUCUCUGUAGAUAGAUUUGUAAAUAAUGGUUGUUCAUUGUCUCAUAAGCUAACACCUCCCUUGAUUCCAAUGUCAACAUGUAACAUAGGUUCUUAUUCCAAUGUCAUGUUAUUAAAUUUGUUAAUUUAGAAUGUAAUCUACAAAAAAAGUGAAUAAUGUACACAAAUUAAUUUAAGGGAAGUUGUUCUAUGAAAAUGGCAUUUUUUUUUAAAUAUACAUUUUUUAAAAUUGGUUGUUUCAUUUGUACUUCCUGUCAUUUAGUUUUGUUGAAACUUAGUGCAAACACUGAUGAAUGUUAGUGACUACAAGUCAGAGUUAGUCUUUUUAACCAGGGCAACAACUGUUUUACUUUUACUAAAUUUACUAAAUAUAUAGGAGAUGGAAGGGUUACAGCAAAUUUUUUUCUUUUCUAUCCUCUGGGUCAUAGAAUUAAAAAAAAAACUUUUUCACUAUCAACAAGUGUGUUCAAACUUCCAUGGGGGCAUCUUCAUGAAUAUAGUUCUUGUAUUGAAGUAAUAGAAACUUUUGUGUUUAGCUGUUCUAUUUGAAUUCAUUAUUUUAACCUUUUGACUGGUUUAGGAUGUUCAUCUGAAAUGUUCCUGCAAUAAAAUAGUGUCCAAGUUUGUGUUAAAACUUUGAAA